AUGGCUCCUGGAAAUGGCUCUUUUGUGACCGAAUUCAUUCUGUUGGGAUUAACCAACCAGCCAGAUCUCCAAUUUCCUCUAUUCUUCCUGUUCCUAGGAGUGUACAUGGUCACUGUGCUGGGAAAUUUAGGAUUGAUAACACUAAUUUCACUGAAUUCACACCUACACACCCCCAUGUACUUUUUCCUUUUUAACUUGUCUCUCAUAGACCUCUGUUAUUCUUCUGUAUUUACACCCAAAAUGCUGAUUAACUUCAUAUCAAAGAAGAAUAUUAUUUCUUACGUGGGGUGCAUGACCCAGCUCUACUUUUUCAGUUUUUUUAUCAUUUCUGAAAUCUAUGUGCUGACAUCAAUGGCCUAUGACCGCUAUGCGGCCAUCUGUAAGCCACUCUUGUAUAAUGCUGCCAUGUCCCCUAAAGUGUGCUCCAGCCUUAUGCUUGGUUCCUACUUGAUGGCAUUUUCUGGUGCCAUGGCUCACACUGGAUGCAUGCUGAGACUGACCUUCUGUGAUGCAAACACCAUCAACCAUUAUUUCUGUGACAUCCUCCCUCUGCUGGAACUUUCCUGCACAAGUACCUACGUCAGUGAGCUGGAAGUGUUUAUUGUAGUGGGCAUUAAUAUCAUUGUGCCCAGCCUCACCAUCUUUGUCUCUUAUGGUCUCAUCCUCACCAACAUCCUCCACAUCAGCUCCACAGAGGGCAGGUCCAAAGCCUUCAACACCUGCAGUUCACACAUCAUUGCUGUUUCUCUCUUCUUUGGAUCAGGGGCAUUUAUGUAUCUCAAACCACCUUCUGCUGUGUCUAUGGAUGAGGGGAAAAUCUCUUCUGUCUUUUACACCAAUAUGGUUCCUAUGAUGAACCCAUUAAUCUACAGCUUGAGGAACAAAGAUGUUAAACUUGCUCUGAGAAAAACUCUGAGUAUGAGACAGUUUUAA